CUGAGCUGUGCUGAGUGAGCUGCAGUCACCCAGCCUGGGAUCCCUGCAGAAGAAGGAGCAGCACUUGGAGACAUGGCAGCUGAGGUCCCUGGUGACCAGGGCGCCUGCCCUACCAUCCUUUCUCAGGACUGUGGAAAGUCACCUGACAAGGACAGCACCUCCCACCCCAGACCUGCCACCAAAAUGUCAGGAGAGAUGGACAAGCCGCUGAUCAGCCGCCGCCUGGUGGACAGUGACGGCAGCCUUGCAGAGGCUCCCAGUGAGGCCCCCAAAGUGGGCAUCUUGGGCAGUGGGGACUUCGCCCGCUCCCUGGCUACACGUCUUGUCAGCUCUGGCUUCAGCGUGGUGGUGGGAAGCCGUAACCCCAAGCGCACAGCUGGGCUGUUCCCCUCCUCAGCCCAGGUGACUUUGAGGGAGGAGGCAGUGAGCUCCCCGGAGGUCAUCUUCCUGGCCGUGUUCAGGGAGCACUACUCCUCAUUGUGUGGUCUCAGCGACCAGCUAGCUGGCAAGAUCCUGGUGGACGUGAGCAAUCCCACGGAGCAGGAGCACCUUCGGCAUCGUGAGUCCAACGCCGAGUACCUGGCCUCUCUCUUCCCCACCUGCAUGGUGGUCAAGGCCUUCAACGUCAUCUCCGCCUGGACCCUGCAGGCUGGCCCGAGGGAUGGAAACAGGCAGGUGCCCAUCUGCAGUGACCAGCCAGAAGCCAAGCGUGCCAUCUCAGAGAUGGUGCACGCCAUGGGCUUCAUGCCGGUGGACAUGGGAUCCCUGGCAUCAGCCCGGGAGGUCGAGGCCAUGCCCCUGCGCCUCCUCCCGGGCUGGAAGGUGCCCGCCCUCCUGGCCCUGGGGCUCUUUGUCUGCUUCUACGCCUACAACUUCAUCCUCGACGUGCUGCACCCCUACGUGCAGGAGGGCAAGAACAAGUUCUACAAGCUGCCCGUGUCCGUGGUCAACACCACACUACCCUGCGUGGCCUACGUGCUGCUGUCCCUGGUGUACCUGCCCGGCGUGCUGGCAGCCGCCCUGCAGCUGCGGCGCGGCACCAAAUAUCGCCGCUUCCCCGACUGGCUGGACCACUGGCUGCAGCACCGCAAGCAGAUCGGGCUGCUCAGCUUCUUCUGCGCAGCACUGCACGCCAUCUACAGCUUCUGUCUGCCUCUGCUGCGCUCCCACCGCUAUGAACUGGUCAACCUGGCGGUCAAGCAGGUGGCCAACAAAAGCCACCUCUGGGUGGAGGAGGAAGUCUGGCGAAUGGAGAUAUAUGUCUCCCUGGGAGUGCUGGCCCUCGGCACACUGUCCCUGCUGGCUGUCACCUCUCUGCCAUCCAUCGCAAACUCACUCAACUGGAGGGAGUUCAGCUUUGUACAGUCCACGCUGGGCUUUGUGGCGCUGGUGCUGAGCACGCUGCACACGCUCACCUACGGCUGGACCCGCGCCUUCGAGGAAAGCCGCUACAAGUUCUACCUGCCGCCCACCUUCACGCUCACGCUGCUGGUCCCCUGCGUGGUCAUCCUGGCCAAAGGCCUGUUCCUCCUUCCCUGUUUCAGCCGCAGACUUGCCAAGAUCCGCAGGGGCUGGGAGAAGGAUGGCGCCGUCAAGUUCGCGCUACCGACAGACCACAUUCUGGUGGAGAAGACGAGCCAUGUGUGAGGCGCCUGUGCCGGGCUUCUAGGCGCUGGUGGGUGGGCAGCUGAGCCCAGUUGGGUUUUCUUUUUUUGGACAGUGUAGAGUGGAAUAUUUAUGGACAAAUGGGUGGUCUGAGGUUCGAAUUCCUGGGACGCAAAUGUACACAGUAAUAUUCAGAUUGCCACGCAUGUGCGCGUGUGAUAUAUAUGAACGUUUAUUUCACAUAUAUAACAGAAUUCGCCAUUAUACUUAUUAGCUUUGAAAAAUUGGGUCCCUGAUAUUUCAACUUGUAGCUAAAAGCAAGUACCAGAUGUUAAACAGCUAGAUCAUGCUAUCGGGACCUUGGCAGAGAUAUACACACUUUUGUACAGAAGAGGCUUUGCCCUCCCCCAUCAUCUCCCUUCAGCUGCUCUCCCAAGGCUCAUGCGGAGCUGGGACUCUAAAGUGGCAGAAAGGCAACAGCUCUACCUGCAGCCCCACCAGGUGCCUGGAGCUGAGGAGAUGUCAGUGGGCAGGGGUUGUGGGUCUGGUCCCUUCUCACCCCCCUGGGGGGGUCGGGGAGGAAUUAUAGCGAAAUGGGGGAACCCGGAGUCAGAGCUGGGAGCCGAAUGAACGUCGUGUCCAUUUUGGGGUGGGGUGGGGA